GGGUGCCAGCAAAAGCUCUAUAACGCGUUUGCUCCUCUUGAGUGCGCAGGUAUACUCUCUGGAUGCGCAGCCCAGAGAAUACUAGAACACUAAUAUAUAGCCGACACCGGAGAUGGCCAGCGUUACCAGUGUGACGAGAGUGGUCCAGUGAAAUUACAUUACGGGGUUGGAGGCAAAUGACAUUCGUGGUACAGUUUUUCAACAUACUAUUGAAAAGCGACAAUAUGUAAUCUGUUUUGUUUAUUUCCUAUUUCCUGUUAUCACAAAGACAAUUUGUGAAUAAAAUAGUGGAAUGAACGUCGCCAAUAUAUUAAAAAAAAAAAACACGAAAAAUUGCUUGAUUGAUCAUAGCAAUUUCUGAUAGUACCUUGAAAGUGAAAAAUAAAUGGUAAAUAUUCACUAUUUGGUUGAUACUGAUUUAGAGACACUGCAAUGGGAUUGCUCGCAUUUGGCGAAUAUCACACUCGACUGUGUGACCUUGAGUUCAUUAGUGAUGGUUAUUGAGUAAAUUGUGUGCGUCAUUGAAGGAACAGUCUUGUAAGCAUCCUUUUCGUGCCGGCGCCUGCAUCGGUUCUAUUGACGUAUCUUGAAGUAGAUCCAGGUUUGUUAACUAGGACGUGGCAUUUCAUGAACAGAAGGCAGUGCCGGGCCAUAUAUUUUUAGUUUUUCAUAAUCAACUUCAGUGAGGAUAAAAUCUUGAAGCUUCUUUUUUCCCCAGCACAAACCAAUAAUUUAUAAAUAGAGUUACAUAGUUCAAGUGUUUUCUUUCAUCUACAAAGAAGUAAACAACCUACAAAGGUGUGAUGUUUUUUUCUUAAAAUGGGAUAAUAUGAUAAACACAAUGACUGCGAGUUCAAAGUUUUGAAUGUAGAAUGAUCUGUGUCUGUAAGAAUUACAAUUGCAUGGACAUUAAAUGUUUGAUGAAUCAUUUAUUUUUCUUUUACUCCUUAUCUUCAGUGACGGUUCUUAGAUUAUUAAAUUACGUGUGGGAGCAUUAAAAUUGUAUUUAACUUUAAUUUCUUGAUUGAUACAUGAUGUUAGCUUUUAUUUAAUGUAAUGUCCUUGUUCAUAUCUUGUUUAGGAUAAAAAUGACAGCCUUGCUUUUUUAAAAAAAAAUUUAAGGAUUGAAAUUCCAGUUUCUUUUAGAUUUAUUGAACUCAGUUAAAUUGGGUGAAAUAGAAACACAUUUUUGGACAAAUUUUUGUGUGUGUAUAGAAACUUAAUUUACAUGAACAUAACAUGUUAAAAAAUAUUGUUAUCAUUGUGUAUAAUUUUUAUUUUAUAUGACCUGAAACUAAUUGCUUAUUUUGAAAUUUUAAAAAGUAAAAAGAUGGAUUUGUUUGAUUUAAACAAUUUUCUUGGAAAUCAGAAUCUUGGUAAUGUUAAGUAUUUUUUCAAAAUCUUGAAUGAAUGAUCUUGACAGGUGGUGGAGUGACAGAAUAGGAGAUGAGGCAGGGGUAGGUUGAAUGACAUAACAAGAUAGACAUGCUAGGUAAAAUCUUCUACCAAACACAUCACUUUAAUCAAGAUCGUGAUGGCAACAGAAAAUGAUGUUCGAACUAUUUGGAAAAUGGCUGAUGCUGUAUGUUUUGAUGUUGAUUCUACUGUCAUCCAAGAAGAAGCCAUAGAUGAAUUAGCAAAGUUUUGUGGCAAAGGUGAACAGGUUAAAAAAAUGACACAGGAAGCUAUGAAUGGAAACAUGGACUUCAGAGAAUCAUUUAGGAGACGUUUGGAAAUAAUACGUCCUCAGAUGUCUCAAAUAAGAGAUUUUAUUAAGACAAAACCUCCCAGACUAACUCCUGGAAUUAAGAAACUUGUUGAAGCUCUUCAUCAGAGAAGUGUUCCAGUAUACUUAAUAUCAGGAGGAUUAAGGGGAAUUAUCACACCAGUAGCACUGGAACUUAAUAUUCCUUUGCAAAAUAUAUAUGCCAACAGAUUAAAAUUCUAUUUUAAUGGAGAAUUUGCAGGAUUUGAUGAAAGUGAACCAACUUCCAGAAAUGGAGGUAAAGGAGAAGUUAUCAAGAUGCUUAAGACCAAAUAUGGCUAUUCCAAUGUUGUGUUGAUUGGAGAUGGAGCAACAGAUUUAGAAGCAUCACCACCUGCUGAGGCUUUUAUAGGGUAUGGAGGAAAUGUGAUUCGAGAGGAAGUUAAAUCUCGUUCAAAAUGGUUUAUCACAGAUUUUCAAGAAUUAAUAAAUGCUUUAUAAAUGGCAUAUAAUCAUUAGCUUCAGUAAUGACUGUGAUACAGAUACUAACGUUUAAAAAUGGCUUAUUGUUAGUUAAACAAAUAAAGUUCUUUAAUUUAUCCAUAUCUUUAUACAAAAAAAAAUUGUUUCAUAUUGUGUAAUGCUAAGAAUAUCAGUACUGAAAAAAGAUGUUUCAGGAGUAGUGCUGCAAAUAAUUAACAAAGGUGAAUAUUAUUAAAGAUUUUAUUUAUAAUUCUUUACAAUGUCAGUCUCAUUAGUAAUUGCAAUCUACACUCAUUUUUCACACCUAUUGCAUCUUACAAUAUUUGCAAUAUUAAACAUUCAUUCAAAGCUAUAUAAAUACAAAUGCAUUCUGAAUGCUUCUGUGUGUGUCAAAAUCUUCACUAGAAUACAAGUAACACAUUAAUGAACAAUGAAUCAGUGAAAUCCUUUUGGUUUUACCAAACAUUUAAAAUGUAAUGAUAAAACGUCAAAAGUGCUGAAGAUGGUAAAAAAAAUCAUAUUUCAGAACUUUGUUUUUUCAAUUGCAAAUUAUUUACAAUUCUUUAUACAAUACAUUAAAUUCAUGAACUGGAUUGGUAUUACUUUAGACUAGUGGUGCUCACCCCUGUCUACAGACCUGAGGUGAAAAUAAAAUGAUCCUCUUUACCCAAUGAAAUGUAAUUAAUUGAAUACUUAUUCAAGUGUAAACUUAACCCAUUGCAUCAAUUGACAAAAUUAUCAAAUAUGUUAUAGAGCAUACGAGACUUUUUACAUUCUAUUUCAUAUAUCACUGUUUUAAUGUAAAACAUUUAGGAGUAAAUAAUGAAUCAUUAAGUAAUGACUGAAAUAAGAUUUACCUAUUGUUUGAAGAAGAACACUUGUUAUUGAUGCAUAUGGAUAAAAUAGUAUACUAUAUUUUCCAUUAAAUUUAUAUGGUUGUACAAACCCAGUCCUUUCUAAUAUCACAAACCAAAAAUUAAUUACUUUUGAUUUCUUUCUUACAUAUCUUCAAUAUAAACAAUAAUUACUUUAAGUUGGCUAGUCCUAUCAGAUAAUUUCAAUUUGUGACGAAAAUUUAAAACAAAAUUUUUAAUAAUCAACAUGUAUAAUGUCAACCACUUCAAUCUAAAUACUUUUUAGAAUCCUAUAUUUAAAUGGUUUCUUCUUUAACAAUUUCAAAAAGCAUUUUCUCUAAUUUAUGGAAUUUUAUAAAAAUAGCUGAAUCCCAGUACUCUCUAUACUGUUUAAACUGCAAAGUGCUUAACAAAACAUUGAUACAAAUGGUCACACCUGGAAUAAACUUUCAAUCCUAUUUUCAAUACAUGCAAAAAAUAUUAAUUCUCCUUACUUCAAAAAUUGAUCUAAAAAUACAAAUAUUAGUAUAUAUUAUAUAAUUACAGAUAAAAGUUGGCUGUCUUAAUAUUCAAUCAUUAGAAUUUUUUUAAAUAUUUGUAUGAGAAUUGGAAGACUAUGAGCCAUGAAGAAUUGUAUAACUCCUCACAUUUUUCUUAUUUUGUGAUCUCUGGAAUAGACAUUUUAUAACUACACAGGUGUUAAUCAUUUUUAUGUUCAUCACGCCAAUCUUCAGUUUCAUGAAGGAGUAAUUGCGUCAAUUUAGUAUCACUUCGUCUUUUCAAAAAGUCGGUAUUAAGAACCCGUAAAAAUAGAACAGCGUUCAUAGCAAAAAGGGUUGGUAAUGCUGUAAUCCCAAAAAUAUAAGCAACAGUUGUCAGUUUGUGUCUGAGCUCAAAAACCCAUUUACAUAAAAUUCCAAUAGUCAUCAGUCUAAAAACUACAAAUGUUCCAACGUUAAGAGCACUAUUAAUUCGAUAAAGUCCAUUUUGUCGAUUUAUGUUUUGAAGAUGCAUUAGUUGGCGAGCAUGCAGAAAGACACUGUUCACUUCUACCAGUAGACCAAAUAUACAAAAUCCCAGUAAAGAUCGAGUACUUAUGGCAAGUCCAAAACACAGAAUAACCUGGAAAAUGUAAUUGUGUAUGUGUAUUCUUAUUCUCCAAAGAGAAAGUUCUAUCAAUACACACUUACAAGAAUGUGAUGGACCAUCAGUUCAUAGCUACUUCUUUUCCGAUGUCCAAGAACCAUGUCAAUAAGAUCGUAUGUAAAAUAGCCUGUGUAAAUGUAGUGCACAUAAUUAAUAGGAAAAAACUGUAAAAAAACUUUAUAUGUCAUGUGUUUACAUUUCAUACCUGCUGAAACAGAUAAAGCUGCAUGUGCUGAAUAUGCAUACUCUGAUAUAAGAUCUUGUCU